AUGAAGUUCUCCGCUGUUCUCCUCGCCUCUGCCGCCGCUCUUGUCUCCGCCAAGAAGUUCACCAUCGUCGCCAUCCGAUCCGGAUCCGACAUCCAGAACACCCCCGUUGUCUCUGACGGUAAGAAGCUCGUUCUCGGCGGUGAGGGCGGUAUCCCCACCACCUACGAGGUGAAGGACGGUGUCCUUUACGCCAACGACAAGGCCGUCCAGUUCGGCAACGGAGCCACCAUUGAGGAUGGUGAGGGUCAGGGAACCGACGGCGUCACCGUUGACGGCCAGGACCACCUUUACGUCCCCAACUACUCCUUCACCGCUUGCGCUGCCCAGGGCCGAGCCUACAAGUACACCGUCACCUCUUCCGAUGACUGCAAGCAGGGUGCUACCCCCUUCGCUGCCCGUGUCAUCUACGAGGACGACAACAGCUCCGAGUCUGCUGCCGCUAACGGUACCGCUGUCACCAAGACCGGUGUCGUCACUGCCCAGUCCACCCAGCUCGUCACCAUCACCUCUUGCGAGGACGACAAGUGCCACAAGCCCACCGCCGCCCCUGCCCCCGGCUCCAACAACGGUGCCGUUGUCUCCCAGAUCGGUGACGGCCAGAUCCAGGCUCCUCCUUCCGCUGCUCCCGAGCAGGCCAACGGUGCCGCUGCCCUCGGUGUCUCUGCCGCUGCCGCCGGUGUUGUUGCCGCUGCCAUGCUUUUCUAA